CUCUCAAUUAAAAUGAUUUGCAGCCUCCGAAGAACUGUAAACAACACAAAGAAGAAGAGGCAGUGGCCUCGGAGGUGCUGCCUCCUUGCUCCCGAUAAGAGCUUGGGGUUUUCUACUGUACGGAACACGUUAAACAUCCAUGUUUGUGGCGUAUAAGUGCUACAUGACAUAUGUUUUAAGACAUAAGAUGCUACACCAGCCUCCACCAGCUCCUCCUCAGGAAUGUGGCCCUCUGUUAAGUGUUGUUUGACAUCAUGACAACUUUCUGAUAAGACUUUCUAAACAAGCGUGUGCUCCGCGUGCUAGCUCAUUAGCGCAGCGCCGCUCACUAGCGGUGACUCGACUUGCAGCCGAAGCAGCAGCAGCCACUGCAGCCGACGGACGCUCUGAAUCAGGAUCUGCGUCCGACUGGGAGACGAUGGCGGCGGGACUGCUUCUUCUUCUUCUUCUUCUCCAGCGCGUCCUCGCGUCCCCGGAGGUCUGCACCAACGCCCUGCUGCCUGGAGCUAAAGGGGAUCAAGGUGAGGUCGGAGAAGUGGGGGAUGAGGGACGACUCGGGAAGAACGGUCCAACUGGAGCUCCAGGUGCAGCAGGACAAAUGGGGCCAAGAGGAGAUAUGGGCCACACGGGUAAGAUGGGACCUAGUGGAGACCAAGGAGAGAAGGGGGACACGGGCGUGGAAGGACCCUCUGGUCUCAAAGGGAAACCAGGCUCCACGUGCGACUGCGGCAGGUACAGGGCGGUGGUGGGGCAGCUGGACGUCAACACGGGCAAACUGAGGAACGCCGUCAAGUUUGUGAAGAGCGUGAUUCUGGGGCUGAAGGAAACAGAACAGAGGUACUACCUGCUAGUGAAGGAGCCCAAGACGCACAGGGACGCCUCCGUGAACUGCAAACUGCGAGGGGGAACUCUGGCCAUGCCGAAGAGCAGCAGCACCAACCGCCUGAUGGCAGAUUAUGUGGGCGAAGCAGGACUGAGCAGAGUUUAUGUAGGAGUGAAGGCCCCGAGCAAGGAGGCGGUUGGGACCGGCGGCUACGUGUACGCAGACUCCAGCCCCCUCCAGGGAUUCGCAGCCUGGAGUCAAGAGGCCGAGCUGAACUCCACGGCGCCGGCCGGCGCCGACGCCGGCUGCGUGGCGCUGCUCAGCACCGGAGCCUGGUGUCGCGUGGAGUGUGAGAGCGCCAUGUUCUUCAUGUGUGAGUUCCCCAAGAGCAGGAGAGGCCGAGGCCAGGCCUCAUGACUCAGCAGGGCUCCUGCAGUACGUGGGACGUACGUGCGCGUAGUGUUUGGGUUUAUAAAACUCGAUGCGUGAUUAUAUUCCACUGAUGUACAAACUGAACUGUCUGGUACUCGGUUCUAUACGUAUGAGUGACUAACCCACUCUUAAUGCCUUUGUAGUCUCAUUUUGAUGUCUGCCCCCUCGCUCUGUUGUCCUCUGGUUCUCCCUGCUUCCCGCUCCCUGACCCAGGUCCUUCGGGUCCGGUUGCUCGGCCUUGGCUACGAGGCCCGGUCCAAAUUGAGCGCUGGCAGUUUCAGCUUUCUUCCAUUUCACGUUUGUUGAGGCUCCUGAGAACAAUUGAAGGAUUUCUGGACUUUGUGGGUUGUUGUCAUAUGCAAUGAAAUAUUAUAUACACAGGUGUGUAUUUUUAUUAUUAUAUCCAAUAAAGUCAAUCAUAUAAAUGUUGGACAAGUUGUGUAUGAGGAAUAUUGUAAGGAAUCAGGACCGUUCAGAAUGAGCCUUCAGGUUCUGGUCCGGGCCGGUGGCUCUGGAUUAUGUGCCUCAACAGGCUCUGAUUGACUGAGUUGACCCAUUUAUUAGCGUGAUCGCCGGCGCCGGGCCCUGGCAGACGGCGGGCUCUCGAGUCUUGUGUUACGGGUCGACCGAUGAGCCGCCCCAUUUUGCACUCGCCCCGUCGCAGGUUCGGUUGCGGUUCCACACAUGCACGUCUCACAGCAGCCACUUUCAACCUCUGCUCUGACUCACUGUCACUUAAUGACACGUCCAGGGGAUUUUCCGUAACCAUUCAUCAUAUUCCACGCUUAGCGUUGCAUCUUGCCUCCUGUUCUCCGGCCUUGUUGGGUGUGAUGUUGGUACCAGGUGCCUUCUUCUGUGAGGAACGGGACUUGUGUCCACUCAGUCGCUGCCAUCCUGUCCUCUCACCCAUAUUUCUGCCAUCUUGGGCCCAGUUCCCAGCUGAAAGCUUUCAACCCGUAUAAUCCACGUGGGCC